UUUCCGCUUUUCCAUGUUAUAUAAAACAGCGCUCACAUUUAGCCCAUUUUGAAUUUUGCUGAAGAGGUCUAUAUAUAAUAAUUAAGGAAUGAACUGUACUCUGAAAAUGUUAGCCUGCAUUUUGCUGAUACUGGGGGUCCUCUACGGUAAAGCUGUCGCCAAAGUUGUAGGUGGAGAAUGCGUCUUCACACAGAACGAUACAAUAGAUUCAACAGAAUUUGAUAACACGACACAGAUCUGCUGCUCAAGAUCAGGGGUUCACGACAGGUAUCAGCAAGGACAGGAAGUAGACUGUUGUGGAGAAGGAAUAUAUAGACUAGGAAUGGAUCUCUGCUGCAACAACAAAGUACUUAGAAUGGAUAUAAUAAUGAAAACCUGUGACAAACGGACGGAUCUCUUGGAAAAGAGGAAAAGCACUGUAAAGAUGUGCAAAGACAAAACUAACUCGACAUUGCAUCAAAACUGUUGUACCACUACUAAACUUUUAUCAAAAAGAUGCAACAAGAGACGAAAGGAGAUUCAGAGUAUUUUAGAUUUGAGAUCUUUGCUAGGAAAAUCGAAAGUGAAAAAGACACUGUUGAUGAUAAUUUUACUGUAACCAAUGAUUAAAUUUUAGAACUUAAAUUGAGUGAUUUCGUACGUUUUUAUAUUAAUUUCUAUUGAGACUUAAAA